UGGACAUUUUACCAGAGAAGAGAGUUCGUUCAUCUGACUCUGCCUAGUAAUAUAUUCAGUCUUCUCCUAUUUCUUUAACAUUUUGUCGUGGAAGAUGAUCACGAUGAUGAUACGUGUGCUUUUCUUCCUCGGUAUUUCUGUCUUAACACGACUAGUUGUUGCGAAUGCGACUGGAGGUCGUGAGGAGCCUGCUGCAUUAUCGGCACAGCAAAACGCAUUGCUCUGCGAGCUGCGGAAUGCUUUAAGGGGAAACGAAGCUCGGGCAGUAGACGGGCCGCCAUUCUUUUAUACUUAAGAUGAGGCAAUGCUGCUAGUGGUGCUGGUAGCAGUGGGUAGUGCUACUUCUAGAAAAAAUUCUAAUUCUCAUAGUGUUGAUCAGAAAUUAUGGUCCCCGUCUUCCGUCUUACUAGAAGUAAUGCUUAGUCUACGCCGAUUCUAUUAAAAUUAUACUUGUCGUGCUCGUGUUCUAUGACCACAACACCAACUAUGGGAGUACCACAUUACAACAUUACAACAUCUAAAACCAGCAGUCCGCAUUCGAUGCUGUCCAGCAAGCGGACUUCGGACGCAGACCACCAGAGCUGUUCCGUCUUUUGCCUGUCGACGUUCCACCUGCUCUCCUUCCCGGACGUCAUUCUUCAUGCGCUGUUGUCGGGUCCUCCGGUAUUUUGACUCCCUCAUCUGCUGCAGAUGAAGGCGGGUAUUUUUAUGGCUAGUUGUGCUGUGUAGUCGAUAAUUUGGUUGUAGCUGCGUAAAAGAAGCCACGUGUUAUACUAUCAGGAGUAUGCCUGAUGUCUAUCUAGUUGUGCAUGAAGAUGUUGUUCGCCCUGCUAGUACGCUCUCUCGUUGAGAUAUUGAGAACAACCAUCUCCCAAUCUCAUCUUUUUGUUUCUAAUCCUUUGGCCGUGAAAUCGACGGGCACGAUGUGGUUUUCCGUCUCAAUGGUGCGCCAGCUGGUAACAAGGGGGACGAUAACGAACUACUAGCUCGUAUAGCAGGUACACGGACUGAUAUUCGUGUAAUGAACGGCUGGCAUGUAAGCGAAAGUAAACCUUACGUCUACGGUGUUGAUGCACGAGAAGAUGAAGAGGAGAUGAGACAAGUACAAACAAACAGUGAGUUAAGGCUUCCCCUAAUUCAUCCCUGUAAACAUCCCUCAAACAUAUGCGUCCCAAUACAAGGGAGAUACUGACGCAUAUGCUUGAGGGAUUUCCACAGGGAUGAAUACUACCUAGGGGAGAGCUCUAAGAGAGAGAGACGCAUCGUCUUCAGACACAACUUCUAGUCCUCCUGUAGUAGACCAAAAGGCAUCGCGCACUUCUAGUUCAGACGCUCCUCUUCCAUUGGUUCAAAAAGCAUCUCGGAAAGAAAUCGUAGGUGAAGAGCUGCUGCACUGGCGUAGCCGUUAUGCAGUUGGAGACCUACUGGUAGGCGCUUUGCCAAUGAGGAUCUAUGCGGAUAAUGGAUUCGACGGGUCCGCAGAUCUCUGGAAAUUCAUCUAUUGGCAAAAAUACUUGGGCAUUAGGGCAAAAGACAUGCGAGACUAUGAGUACAGCAGCAUGCUCCGACACGUAAGGACCGACGCGAGAGGUGGUGUGGGAAAUGCUGAUCAAAUUAUAUACGUCCAAGGUGAACAAGCAGAGGAACUACGCAGGAGAAGGAGACGGAGAAGAAGACAGCAGCAACGCCAGAUGGAAUCUUCUAGAUCUUUUGCAAGAAGUGAUACAAAAACAGCAUCAGCGAAGACUCCACGAUCAUCAAGAACUACUGCUCAGCAAGAUUUGGUAACUGCGAAAAAAAUCUUGGAUCGAUGGGGGCCAGUUCAUUUUCCACAAACUCGAGCUUAUGCGAAGUUAGUUGGUGAAAAACACGCUGGAGGCAAACGCAAGGGCAAUGUGAAUGGAGUAGCACAGGAAUCAGACUUAGAGAAUAUGAGGGUCACCGAGGCAGCAGCAAACUCGAAGGUCCCAUGGAAGGUCCUCAAUUCCGAAGCCAUGGAGUAUCUUGUGGACCAUACUGCUGUUCGACCGAACUCCUUGCCGUAUUACUUGUUGACUCCGACACUGCUAACCGGCCUACAGAAGUUUUUGAAUGAUUUCAAGGCGUCGGGCCCUAGUACUGGCUCUAUCGGAAUUGCAUUAGCCCUACACCUGUGUGACAGCGUGACUCUGUAUGGAUUCGAGUCCGGAGAUGUUGACCAGGAAAAAAGUACCGGAGAUGUUGACCAGGUCGAACAAAGUAUGCGUGUGGGAGCUAUGAACAAUAUAAAAGCUCAUUAUUGGGACCGAGGGUUUGAUUUGCAACGACGAACAGAAAUGCACGCAGCUCACCCGAUAUCCAGCGAACAGAAACGGUGGAGUGAACUCAAAUUCAAGUCCUCCAAUUCCACUACGAGAACCAGAAGUACAAGAAAAAUGACACUUCCAGGUAUAUCACGAGCAAAGAGUUGUCCACGAUGAAUGAGCUAGUGAUGGUGAUGGACUUCAUAUAUUCAUUGUGUGAAAUUGUGCUUGCGAGUUGUUCAACUUCUUCAUCUUGCACUUCAACAAAAACAAAGGUUUUGAUCUUGAUGAAGCUUCUUCCCUUCUCCUUGUUCGGAGGUACCUCUUCCCUGAAUGGCCUCAUACAGACUAGAUGCGUAAUGCUAGACAACAGGCGCCAUGAGGACGUGACAUGACUAAGCACUGACGAAGAAUUCUACUUGAUAGUCCGUUGAAUAUGUGAAUGGUUCUGGUAUUUUUGGUAUAGCCUGAAUUUGAUCCUAAGGGAAAACAAGAAUUGUGGAAGUUUAGCAUAAACAACACAGGAUGUCGUCGAAAAAGGUGAAGAUAGGAAUGCGGGGCGGGGCACAACUUUCUCUUUAAGCACAAACGAUCAGGGACCUCGACGGACAACUUUUUAACUUCAUAUUCAUAUAAUGAGAUUCCAGAAUGAUGGGACGAGUUGUACUUAGGAUUCUUGGGUUCAAGAAUAAUCAAGCUCGAGCCAUAAUUAGCAAACAACUUCUGAAUAAAUCCUAAUCC